AUGAACUUGAACCGCCUGACGCCGGCGCAGAACGGGGCGAUGCGGCCGCCCUCGGGGCAGGCGCAGGGGCUGGCGCGGUACGGCUCCGCGCCGGGCUCGCUCCUGGCCGCCAUCGCCGAGUCCGUGACCCGCGGCGACCCCGCGCCGCCGCCCGUGAGCCGGUUCUACUCCGCCGAGUCCUCGGGGCUCACCUCCUGCGAGUCCAGCUGCCGCACCGACGGCGGCGGACGGCCGCCUCCCCUCGAGCGUGCGUACGGCGGCUCCGGCGAGAUCCGCGUGCCUCCGCCGCCGCCGCAGCAGCAGCAACAGCAUCAGAAGCACCCGCUGGCGGCGGCUUCCGGCGGCCUCCCCGCUGUUCCGCCACAGCAGCUCCCCGCCGGGCUGCUCUCCCGCCUCAUGGGCGACCCGCACGGAAUGGCCGCGACCGGAGGGAUGGGGAGCUACUCGCAGGCGGGCACCGACGCCGCGAUGGCUCACGGCCACCGGCAGCUCAGCUCGCAGUGGAGCUUCUCCAGGCAGGACCUGCCGCAGAUCUCCGAGAUGGGGAUGAUACCCGACAUCGGGGAGAGCAUCGUCGCCGGCGGAUGCAACAGCUCCAGCGACGGCGGCGGCGGCGGCGCGCAGGCGCAGCCCUCCUCCUACCUCUCCAUGAACUUCUCCUUCGGCUUGUCCAACUCGUCCUUGGAGCUGCCCGGCAUGGACGACUACCUGCAGCUGCAGCAGGACUCCGUCGCCUGCAGAGUCCGUGCUAAGCGUGGCUGCGCAACUCACCCGCGGAGCAUUGCUGAGAGGGAAAGAAGAACAAAGAUUAGCAAGAGGCUGAAGAAGCUGCUAGAUCUUGUGCCCAACAUGGACAAGCAAACAAAUACGUCGGACAUGUUGGAUCUUGCUGUAGAUUACAUCAAAGAGCUCAAGGACCAAGUUGAGGUACGCAUCGCUUGA